AUGGCUUCAUCAUCUCAUGGGGGUGGUAAAAAGGGUAAUUCCAAGCGUUCUAGAGUCGUUGACUCUAGUGUUAGUCAACGUGACCCAAACCCUCCACGCCAAAAUUCUGGUGCAUUGGCAUUCUUAGACUCUCAACAAGAAACUAGCACCAGUGGUAAGUUACUUUGUGGGGGUAUGAUCACAAUUAUCCUUAAACACCCCACUCUUGCCAUUCGCUUUCCACCCGGUCUCGAUGUCAUUGAAGGAGAAACUCGCCUUACGACAAACAUCUUGAAAAACAUGCAUUUGUUCCAUGCAGAUUAUGAAACGGGGUCCAUUUAUUGGGCUGUUGAUAGCCGUGAUUAUCUCAGCAUCAAUCAUCACAAUGCUGAACUUCUUCGAUUGUCAAACCCCGUACACAACACUGUUUGGUGCCUUAGUUCCAAUUUGGGUGUCCCGAUGCCCGAGCCUGGUCCUGAUGAGGAUGAACCCACUCCUGAUGCAACCAUACCUGAUGCUGCUGCUCCUGUGCAGCAAGACCCUGUCAUGCAUCCCCAUCAUGACAUGUAUAUGCAAGAAUUUCGUAGGUUGCAUGAAGACAAUCGGCGUUUGCAUCGUGAUUAUUCUGAACUUUAUGAUAGUGUUUGUGAGAUAAAUACUGAGAUGGUGGAGUUUAGGGAACAGUUUUAUACCUUUCGAGACAAUCAACAAGAACACAACCAACAUGUGGAUUCCCUUGUGACCGACAUGCAUAGGGGUGAUUUGAAGAUUGGAGCAUGCUUAGGAUGGUCAAGGGAAGCUCUCGGUGAAAUUUCGGAACUUUCGGAGCUAAAUUGA